AUGGCAGAUCAUGAAGCCUCAAAGAUAAACCACGACAACCAUCUACUACUGGACCAGCCAUUGCUCCGCCUCCCGUAUGAACUCCUCCGCAAGAACUUCCGAUCUGCUCACUUCACCGUCGAGAAAGAGUCAACAACCCUCAACAAGCUCCUGAAAGAAACAGCGAAAGGAUCCCUCGACGGCAAGACAUCGCCCGAAGAUGUCGUCAAGAACCUCGAUACCAUGAUUGCCAAGAUGCGCGGCAUGAAGCGCAAGCUGUCAAUGUACGCCAACGAGGAAACCAGGCUUUAUAAGCAGCUUGAUGCUCGUGUGGCGCAUCUGCGCGAGCUCUCGGACAUGCACUCGGUUGAAGAUGUUAAAUACGAGGCUUGGUCCAGGAAACGUCUGGAUCGACUGCUGGUCGACUACAUGCUACGGCACGGAUACAACACUUCUGCCCAGGCCCUGGCAAACGAGCGGGAGAUGUACGACUUGGUAGACGUGGAAACAUUCCUGACAAUGAGCAAGAUCCGCGAGUCUCUCGAGAAUGGCAGCGUCACCGAGGCGUUGGCUUGGUGCAAUGACAACAAGAAAGAGCUUCGAAAGUUACAGUCCAACCUCGAAUUUCUCCUUCGCUGCCAACAAUACAUCGAGCUCCUCCGCAUCAACACCCCAUCCAAAUCCGUUGAAGCUAUCACUCACGCAAAGAAAUACAUUGCCCCCUUCCAAGAGCAAUACCCCGACGAAGUCCGCGAAAUGGCCGCCCUUCUCGCCCACCGACCCACCGACAAGAACCUCCCACCCAAAUACGCCGCCUGGUACAGUCCGGACCGGUGGACCAAGCUCGCCACCUCUUUCGUAGAAGCACAUAACAAGCUGUUAGGCCUGCCCACUUUUCCCUUGCUGCACACAGCCCUGUCCUCAGGCUUAUCGGCCCUCAAGACGCCCGCCUGCCACGGCACGCAAAAGACGACUUCCUCCUCACAGCCCGGGCAUAGCCAGACGAGCAUGACUAGCACAGUAUGCCCGAUCUGCUCGAUCGAGCUGAACGAUUUGGCCAAGAACGUCCCCUAUGCGCACCACAGCAAGAGCCAUCUGGAUAAUGACUUGCUGCUGUUGCCGAACGGGCGCGUAUACGGACAGGCAAAGCUGGAUGAGUAUGCGGCCAAGGCGGGGCUGGCGGAGGGGCAAGUGAAGGACUUGGUGACCGGCGAGGUAUAUUCGAGGACGGCGCUGAAGAAGGUUUUUGCUUGAUACCGCGGUUUCGAUUUACGAGCAGCGACACGCGUGCUUCUUUUGGGGGGCCUAUCUUUUCUUU